AGAUCAGACGGUCUAGCAGAGUAGCAUACUCUAUUACUCUGGCCCAGCUCAUAUUUGGCCCGGAAGAGACCGUAGUUUUUGCUGUGUCUGUCAAAGAAGAGAUCGAUCGGAGCUCAGAGAUGUCGUCGCAUAAUAAUUCAUCUUCGGCGGCUAACGAUCCACGACAACCGUCGACGGCGAAGCCCUACGUGGCUGCGAUGGUGGCUCCGCAAGAUUUUCCUAUUGAUUAUUCUGGUUUCAUCGCCCUCAUAUUCGGCAUCGCCGGCGUCAUGUUCAGGUAUAAACUUAGCUCGUGGCUAGCUAUCAUAUUCUGUGCCCAAUCCCUUGCCAACAUGAGGAGCCUGGAAAAUGACCUUAAACAGGUCUCCAUGGCGAUGAUGUUUGCCGUUAUGGGAUUGGCUACGAACUACUUUGGGCCUGCUCGACCGGGAACACAAAGCUAGGAUUCCUUAGAUUAUGAAUGAAGAAAUGGCAGUAUAACCGGCCCCUUUACAUUGAAAGCAUUUUGAUUGUGAUUUUCAUCUGCGAUGUUCUCUGUUUAGUACAUUUAGUGGGAAGGACUACAAAACUCUCUACGGAGGUAGUUGUUAUGUUACCUUCCACAAUUGAUGGAUUGAAUGAAAUCAAAGUCAAUUGGUAACAAACCAUUAAUAUCUGUUGCAUUGCUGUUUGAUAUUCGAUAGCCCAUUACGGUGUUGCAUUGGUUGUUGAUAUUCGAUAGCCCAUUACCGUGCUUGCUGAAACUAGUGACUACAUUGCCUAUAUGACAUGUCUAUCAUCAAAUCAUUUAAUGUUGUUGUGAUACAAAUAAUUGUACGAAUAGUCAUGUUAGGUUAUCAGAAGCUUUAAUCUUGGCAAUAUUCUGUUUAA